AUGGCGCUUCGCCUGGCCUUGGGCAGCUUGGGCAGCUUGGGUCUAUGGCUCCACCUGCACCCUGCCACUGCGGCAGUUGUCGCGUCCUCGCGGCCGCGCAAGCCGGCAGGAAGUACGUAUUAUCCUUACCGACAACUACUGGACUGCGAAGGCAGCAAUUUCAGCGAGGAGUGGCGAGGCUUCCGGCUGCGCGUGGCGGCCAAUGCUGAGCAAGGUUUUCCUCCAGAUCUGGAGCUACUGACGAAAGCUUGGGAGGUGCACGAGAAGUUGCAGGAGGACGCCACAGCCCGGAGCCUCUUGAUGGUGAAGAUCUUGGUCCGGCAGGAAGAAGUGAGCCGCUUGCGAGACUUCUGCCUCCUGGGCUUUGCUUCUGCUUUGUUCAUCAUGUACCGGCACGAAUUGACGGUCCAAUACUUGGAGGAUAUCAGAAACGUUCUGGGCUGGCCUGAUUGGCCGCUGGACUUUUCAGAGUCCUCGGGCUGGCCAGCUUAUUGGCGGAUGGUCCCCGCACACAUGGAGCAAGCGCUGCUACGGGGCGACCUGAGCUUCUCCCACGAGGAUCACUGGGGCCGAGAGGAGGAGACCCUCCCGAAGCCGACACCGGAGGAGGUCGAGGCUGCGCUGCUGCACUGGUUGGGUGUCUCUGGAAAGGUGCAGCUCUCCAAACCGAAGGUCUUUGAGGCUGAGCAGCUGGCGAGGGAGGUGAAGAUGAAGCGAUUACAGCUCUUGGUGGCAGGUCACCACAUGGGAUCUUCCAUGGAGCCUUACACCAUGCUGCGAAGAGCGCUCGAGAGCAGCAUGGAAUUGGACCUAGAGGUGCAGUUCCACGGACAGCGGCAUCCCACCGCCACAAUGCUGUGCAGUGAGUUUGGCUUUUGCCACGAGAAUGAACAGCUCUCGCAAUGGAUGCGAGCGUGGGAGUGGAAACAGACCUGGGAAGAUGACUACGAGUGGAUGCAUAACCAGUGGCCAGAAGCCUUAGAAGGACUGGCGACGGCUCUGAAAUCGGAUCUUUUUCUGUCGAACGUGCAGCUCAUUGUGUGCGGAGGUCCUGCCUGGUUUUGCGCCAUGAUGCGAGCAGUAAAGGCGGUGCCCAUGUUGUUAUACUUCGCCUGGCCGCUGGUCCCACUGAUCCCGGUCAGCUUGAGGCCUCAGUUCUUGCUACAGAUCCAAAGCUUGGGUCAAACAAGCUCAGCCGUGUUGGUUGUGGCAAACUGGAUUCUGGCAGCGCAAUUUGCGCUCCAAGUGAGAUUACCAACACCAGUGCAGCGUGUGCAUGGCCUCUACACCAAGCAGCAGCACUCGCCGGUACCAGCACCUAAUGGCCACAACCGAAUACUCUUCUCUCGCUUGGGCAUUUGGACAGGUCAGGCUGGUCCUGCACUGCUGGAACUCUUGUGGUCCUUCUUCAGAGAGGAGCAGAGGAAGUCGGACUUUCCCUUCGAGCCCGUCUUCUUGAGUAUUCGAGUGAGGCAAGUGCGCCCCAUCUACGAACUCACCUAUAAGGAAAUGUCGCAGUUCUAUGCCUGCGUCUUCUGGCCCUGGGACGUGAUGAUGAUGCUCUUCAAUGAGCUCUACACCAUGUUAGUGCCCCUCUUGGUGCCAGACAGGCACUGGGUGGUGAACACGAUGCUUUGGUCCCUGAAGAAAUCCACGCAGAACUGGUGGCACGUGAGGGCCAAGAACGUCAGGGCUUCGCUACCGACCACGCUGUCGACGGAGUUUCCAUUGCCCGAGCCGUGGAUCGACGAUCAUCCCUACUUGGGAUUGGAACAGGCGAUGUACUGGUAUUCGCUGACGGACUUUGAGCAGUUCCCAGCGCUGGGCCGGUUCCGCAGCUUCGUGGAGCUGCUGCAGCUGCUGCGCGCCAUGGAGCCGGAGACCAUGAAAGCGGGCAUGCGAGCCUUUAAUGAGGCUGAGCGCUGGAUGAGAGGCGUCACCGUCAUCCGGAGGAAUCCACGCACCGACAAGCGCCACGCGCCGAGACCGCGCGACCACGACGACAAGGAGCCGCGGUGGAAGCUGGCGCGGUUUGCGUGCUUUACUGCGCCUGCAGAGCCUCCCAACAACAACGUUCGCCCUGAGAUCCAGGACGAUGGUCGCCUGGGCAGCGGGCGAAGGGCCGGAAGGGGCCGGAAGAACGUGGAGAACGUGCGAGACGGACGGUGUGAGACUGCUAUGAGACGUGGAGGAAAAAAGAGAGAUGAUCCAAAUGCGCGAGAGGGGAAAGCAAGGCAAUGA